AUGGCUAUCUUUUUCGAUUAUCUUAAAGAUUCUGUGGAAUUUUUCAUGGACGACUUCUCGGUGUAUGAGCAAACAUACGAAGUCUAUCUCAACAAUCUAGAGAAGAUACUAAAGAGAUGUGAAGAGACGAACCUCGUGCUAAAUUGGGAGAAAUGUGACUUCAUGGUGAAGAAAGGUAUUGUGCUUGGGCACAAAGUCUCCAAGGAUGGGCUGGAGGUGGACAAGACAAAGAUUGAGGUGAUUGAAAAGCUUCCACCUCCAGCAAAUGUGAAGGCUAUUAGGAGCUUCUUAGGACAUGCUGGCUUUUAUAGAUGUUUUGUGAAAGACUUUUCAAACAUUGCACAACCACUGAGUGCGUUGAUGGAGGCAAAAAGAACGUUUGACUUCGAUGACCAAUGCCUCAACGCAUUCAAGAUAUUGAAGAACGCAUUAACAACUGCACCUGUGUUGAUCGCAUCAGACUAA